AAAAUAUCAUUUUAAAAAUAAUAAUUUAUGCAAGAACAUAAGCUAUUCGAAUUUUGGAAAAAGCUUUAUUUUUAUACAUAAACUAUUUUCGAAAGAAUAUCAUUUUUUGACACAAUGUUUUUCAAAAAAAAGAAAAUAAAUUCAAAAAUUCGAAAAAGUCAUGUUCAUCUCGCUUAUACUUUCACUUUUAAAAUGAGACCUUGUUCAUCAAAAUUGUUUAAGAAUUACGCCUGUACUUAUUGUUGACGUAAAUCAUUAUAAAACCAGGGGUGAUCGUAAUUGUAAUUUACGUCACGAUCAGCUGAUCGUGAAUGGACAAAAAAGUUUAUAGAAUUUUUAAUAAGUGUGUACGAUGAAUGUGAUGAAAUCGUUUCGUGAAAUUCUCUCGAAUAGUAAAAAUGUUAUGAUUUUAACUGGGAGUGGUAUUUCAGCUGAAUCUGGUGUACCAACAUUUAGAGGAGCAGGUGGAUAUUGGAGAAAAUAUCAAGCACAAAGCCUGGCAACACCAGAAGCUUUUGCUGCAAAUCCAUCAUUAGUUUGGGAAUUCUAUGAAUACCGAAGAACAUUAGUAAGCAAAGUCAAACCUAAUAAGGCCCAUGAAGCAAUAGCAGCAUUUCAAAAACGUUUUGUAAAAGAUGGUAAAAAGGUAACAGUAAUAACUCAGAAUAUUGAUGGCUUACAUCAAAAAGCAGGAACAGAAGACAUAUUGGAGCUUCAUGGUUCGCUUUAUAGAACACGCUGCACGAAAUGUCACAAUAUAAGUGUUAAUGAAAAUAUUCCAAUUUGCGCGGCAUUAGAUGGAAAAGGAGCACCAGAUCCAAAUAUUACAUCUUCUACCAUUCCAAUAGAAGAACUUCCUAGAUGCGAGAAUGUAAAUUGCAAUGGUUUACUUAGACCUGAUAUUAUAUGGUUUGGUGAAAGUCUUAAUGAAUCUGUACUUAGUAAAGCUUAUGAGAUUGUUGAAACAUGCGAUGUAUGUUUAAUAAUUGGAACAUCUUCUAUUGUAUACCCAGCUGCAAUGUUUGCACCACAAGUAGCAAAUCGUGGAGUACCAGUUGCAGAAUUUAAUAUUGAAAUAACUCCGGCGACAAGGCAAUUUCAGUAUCAUUUUGAAGGUCCUUGUACAAUCACCGUAACGGAAGCAUUAGAGCCAUAAAUUUUACAAUAAAUUUUAAAAUUUAUCUAAAGUUUACAAAUAGAAAAAAAUAAACAAAUUAUAUGAA